GAGAAGGGCCGAAACAGCAAACAUUCCAUCUCACACCCCGCGAAACGACACUCAUUUCUCUCGUAGUUCGAUCCUCCACCAUGGCCGUUUUCCGAAACCACUUUCUUCCGGUAUGCGUUUUAAUACUAUCUUUGUCGACGCUCUUAACUUCUACAGUUUCGACUUCGUCUACCCAGAAACCUUCACGAGCUACUACUGUUACUGUUUCUGAUUUUGGAGCUAGAGGAGAUGGCAAGACCGAUGAUACACAGGCAUUUGUGAAUGCAUGGAAGAAAGCGUGUUCCACGAGUGGAGCUGUUCUUUUGGUUCCCAAAGGGAAGACUUAUCUCCUUAAGGCUAUUCGAUUUCAAGGUCCAUGCAAAUCCCCUCUAACCAUUCAGAUCUUUGGAGCGUUAGAGGCGUCGGAAAACCGGUCGGAUUACAAGGAUAAGAGACACUGGCUUACGUUUGACGCCGUUAACAAUCUGUCAGUCGAUGGUGGUACAACUGGAAACAUCGAUGGCAAUGGGAAGAUAUGGUGGCAAAAUUCAUGCAAAAUCAAUCCAUCCAAGCCAUGCACAAAAGCCCCCACAGCUCUUACAUUCUACAACUCAAAGAACGUGAAGGUGACUAACCUGAGGGUGAGAAAUGCGCAACAAAUUCAGGUUUCAUUCGAGAAAUGCGCGAAUGUUAUCGCUUCUAAUGUGGCCGUGACCGCACCUGAAGAUAGUCCCAACACCGACGGUAUUCACAUCACUAACACCCAAAACAUUCAAGUCAUCAACUCCAUUAUCGGAACAGGUGACGAUUGUAUCUCUAUUGAAAGUGGAUCACAAAACGUACAAAUAAAGGAUAUAACUUGUGGCCCCGGUCAUGGAAUAAGUAUUGGGAGCUUGGGAGACGACAACACGAGAGCUUAUGUCUCAGGUGUUACUGUUGAUGGGGCUAAGCUUUCUGGCACAGACAACGGAGUUAGAAUCAAAACCUAUCAGGGAGGAUCCGGAACUGCGAGCAACAUCAAGUUUCAAAACAUUCAGAUGAACAACGUGAAAAAUCCCAUCAUAAUCGAUCAGAACUACUGUGAUAAGAGCAAGCCAUGCAAGAAACAAAAAUCGGCGGUCCAAGUGAGGAAUGUGGUGUACCGGAACAUAAAGGGAACGAGUGCUUCGGGCAUGGCAAUAAAAUUUGAUUGCAGCAAGAGCUACCCAUGCAAAGGGAUUGUGUUGCAGAAUGUGAACUUACAAGGAGGCAAAGCUACUUGCUCUAAUGCUCAAGUGAUGGGUCAAGGCUCCGUCUCUCCACAUUGUACCAACACUUAGAUGUUAAUUUCCAUAUCCAUGCACAUAUAGUAUAUAUAUACAUAUAUACAAAUAUAUAUACUCACAUACAAGGAUAUAUACGCACACAUGCAUGAUUUAGAUAUAUACUUGUAUAUCCAUACGUUAUUUUAUUUCCCAUGUAUAGAUUGCCCAUACGUGGGAGGAGCCGUUGUCGAAGAAUGGCAAGAGUAUAUCAUAAAUAUACAAACAGUCCAUAUGAUAUAUAUAUAGAUAUGUUAUUUGUAA